AUGCCGGGACCAGCGGGAAAGCCCGGAAAACCCGGUCGACCUGGAGAACGCGGUAUCUGUCCGAAGUAUUGCGCUGAAGAUGGUGGUGUGUUCUUUGAGGAUGGAACAACUCCAAAUGCGGCGCGUGUGUUUGUUUGGGGUGAUGCUACAAAACAAAGUGUCACUCACUGUAUGUCUGCCUUCUUCCAAAGUCUGAAAUUAUACUUCUCACAGAUAAAGCAACUUAUUUCAUUAGUGUUUGAAAAGCUUCUACAUAAAGCUGUGAGCUUUUGUCAUGAGUAG